UCCCGGCGUCCCCCGCGGCAGCAGGCACUGACGUGGCCGCCGUCAGAGCCGCCAUCUUGUGGGAGCGAAACCAACGCCUGGCUCGGAGCAGCAGCAGCGCCGCGGCCUCCCGGGGUGAGGUUUUUUUUCUGACCAGUGUUGCUCCCACCAAUCUACAAGUAUGGGGAAUAUCUUUGCCAACCUCUUCAAAGGCCUUUUUGGCAAGAAAGAAAUGCGCAUUCUCAUGGUGGGCCUGGAUGCUGCAGGGAAGACUACCAUCCUGUAUAAGCUGAAGCUGGGUGAAAUUGUGACCACCAUUCCUACUAUAGGCUUCAAUGUGGAAACUGUGGAAUACAAGAACAUCAGCUUCACCGUGUGGGAUGUGGGUGGCCAGGACAAGAUCCGGCCUCUGUGGCGCCACUACUUCCAGAACACACAAGGUCUGAUCUUUGUGGUUGACAGUAAUGACAGAGAGCGUGUGAACGAGGCCCGUGAAGAGCUCAUGAGAAUGUUGGCUGAAGAUGAGCUCAGGGAUGCAGUCCUGCUUGUGUUUGCUAACAAGCAGGACCUCCCCAAUGCCAUGAAUGCGGCUGAGAUCACGGACAAGCUGGGCCUGCAUUCCCUGCGCCACAGGAACUGGUACAUUCAGGCCACCUGUGCCACCAGUGGGGAUGGGCUCUAUGAGGGACUGGACUGGCUGUCCAAUCAGCUCCGGAACCAGAAGUGAGCCAGCACUCCUCUCUUUCCCUUCACCCCCUCUCCGCCCUCGCUUUUCUCUCAUGUGGCAAACGUGCGCCCUGUGGUGUGAGUGCCAGAAGCUGUCUCCAUGGUUGGUCACAGUGUGCUUCACCAUGCUGUAAAUGUGCAGACGCAGCCUGCAACCGGGUUUUUAUUUAAUGUAAAUAGUUUUUGUUUCCAAUGAGGCAGUUUCUGGUACUCCUAUGCAAUAUUACUCAGCUUUUUUUAUUGUAAAAAGAGAAUCAACACACUGUUAGUACUGAGAAGGGAUUUUAGGCACGUGCGGCCUUCAGGAGUUGCUGUGUCAGACAGGCUCGGCGCACCUCCUCUGGGCUUCAAAUCUGUGUUAAGAUCCAUUUUGAGGUUGGUUUUUAACCCAAACUCAGUGCAUUUUUUUAAAAAAAAAAUUAAAAUACAAGAUAAGGAGAACACUUGAACACAGAAAGGAGAAAUGUGCCUAGUGUAGAUUCCGCAGUAAAGGCCUGAGUGUGGUCCUGUUUCCUGUCGGGAACGUGAGACGAUCCAUUCUGCAUGGUCACAAUAGGGUCCCUGUGAUUUGCUGUCGGGUCAUCCCGUGUCCAUAGCGUUUGUGCUUGUAUUCGUGCUUAAAUGGCCAUCCAGGAGAUGGGCUGGGGGGCUGCGGCCAGCUGCUCUUGGACCUCUCGCAGGGACCCGGGCCUUCCUUUGGGUCAGCGUGGCUGGAAAGCCCUGUUAUUCCCGUGCUCACUCUGGGCUGGCUGGGUCUCACCAGCAGGAGUGUGGGCAGGCAGGCAGGGCUGGUCACCCUAGAGCCACACCCCUUGGAGCACCCGCUACACGUGCUUUCCCUCCCUCAGCCUGCAAGGGUCAGAUUUGCCAUCAAAAACAACGACCUCUACUUUUUUCUUUUGUAUUUUGAUAAACACUGAAGAAGCUGGAGCUGUUAAACUUUAUUUUGGGGAAAACCUCAGAAAUGGUUCAUUUGGUGUCGUGGAACCUCUUACUGCUUUCAAUACACGAUUAGUAAUCAACUGUUUUGUAUACUUGUUUUCAGUUUUCAUUUCGACAAACAAGCACUGUAAUUAUAGCUAUUAGAAUAAAAUCUCUUAACUAUA